AUGAGAUGGGGCUCCGGCGAUAACUAUUGCUACGUCCUCACCGAUGACAAGACCAAGGAUUCUUGGAUCAUCGACCCUGCUGAGCCAGAAGAGGUUCUCAAGCCGUUGGAGAAGUUGAACGUCAAUUUGAAGGCGAUUGUCAAUACCCACCACCACUACGACCACGCUGGUGGCAACUCCAAGAUGUUGGAAAACUACCCGCUUCCAUUAAUUGCCGGAAAAGAUUCCCCAAAGGUCUCCGUCACCCCUAAACACAGGGAGAAAAUGACCUUGGGUGAUAGCUUGCAGAUCACGGCGUUGCACACCCCGUGCCACACUCAGGACUCCAUUUGCUACUACGUUGAGGACAGCCAGACCGGCGAGCAGUGUGUGUUUACGGGCGACACCUUGUUUACUUCUGGUUGUGGCAGAUUCUUCGAGGGCACUGGUGAGGAAAUGCACCAGGCGUUGAACGUUGUCUUGGGGGGCUUACCAGACGCGACAGUGGUAUACCCAGGUCACGAAUACACCAAGAGUAACGUCAAGUUUUCCAAAACGGUUUUGCCCGCGAACAGUGACUUGGAGAUCUUAGAGAUCUUUGCGGGGAACAACGAAAUCACCACCGGGCAAUUCACUAUCAAGGAUGAAAAAUCGUUCAAUCCGUUUAUGAGAUUGGACGACCCGGCGGUGUUGAAGGCUACUGGGUUGAAGAAGGGCCAGUCAGGUGAUAUCAUGACCCAAUUGAGAGAAUUAAAGAAUAAUUCUUAG